GGGAACGGAUUCGAGCGGCGGAACUGUUUGUUAAUGGGGAGGGGAGUUGGGGGUCGGAUGCGAGUGAAACUAGGGUUUUGAGGAGGGAUAUUGAGAAGGACAGCGUUGGGGGGUAUGGGUUUCAAGGGAGUGAGGUGGUGAUGAUGAUGCAGGGGAAUGAGUCGGGGUACGGGAGUGAGCCGGGGUAUAGAGGGGAUGGGGAGCUUGGAGAGGAGGAUGGGGAGUUUGAUGAGGAGGAGGAGGAUGGGAAAGUGAUGUUUUGGGGUGGUCGAUUCGCAAGAGAUACUGAUAGAAUGGAAAUCAUCGGUGAAAACAACUUCGCAGAGCAAAAGGCUCACCAUAGAUGCAGGCGCAAGAAGCAGCAUGAUUGGAGGCUAAUUGCUUCCUUGAGAUAGAACGUGACUCUCAAAGCAAAUCAUGCUUCUGUUUUUUUGUUAAUAUUCAUUACUAUAAUUUUGUUUCAGCAUCAAGAAUAAUAGUACUAUGGUGCCCUCCAAUAUUAAUUAUGGUAGUUUAUUGUGUUACAAGGCAUGAUGAUGUCUCUCCGUGGGUGGAUGUCAAUGUGUUUCCAAUGUACUUGGAUUGUCUUGGUUUGUCUGUGAAGUUUUGCGGCUGUGGAACCAUGAAUAUUAGUUUCUUUUCUUGCA